AAUACUCCCGAGAAACAAACAAAAAAUUCCUUGCUGUGUAACUCAAAAUGAGACAGAAGCGGCAAAGCAUAGCAGAACAGAAGAAAAGAAAAGCUCCGGCAAUGGUGGAAUCCGAUGAUGAAGUUUUCGAGUUCUCUAGAAACAGAGAAAGUGGCUCGGAGAGCGACUGUGUUGUUCAGAGUGUCAUUAAGCUCGAUCGUAGUUUAUUGAUUGAUUUGAGCAGCUUAAGAAUUGGUUCAAUGAUCAGCGAGGGCAGGUUAUCUGUUGUGCAUGAAGGAUUAUAUAAAUCUAUGCCUGUUGCCAUAAAGAUGAUACAACCGAACAAAACAUCAGCUGUGAGUCCUGAUCGAAAGGAAAAAUUUCAGAGGGAGGUUACAAUACUAUCUAGGGUUAAACAUGAAAAUAUUGUGAAGUUUAUUGGGGCAUCUAUAGAACCGACUAUGAUGAUAAUUACAGAGCUCAUGAAAGGUGGUACACUUCAGCAGUACUUGUGGAGCAUUCGUCCAAAUUCUCCAGAUCUGAAACUGUCUUUAAGUUUUGCUUUGGAUAUUUCUCGGGUUAUGGAAUACUUGCAUGCAAACGGCAUCAUUCAUCGUGACUUGAAACCUAGCAAUCUGCUCCUCACAGAGGACAAGAAGCAAAUUAAGGUUUGUGACUUUGGUCUAGCUAGAGAGGAGACAGCUGGUGAUAUGACGACUGAGGCUGGUACUUAUCGGUGGAUGGCUCCUGAGUUGUUCAGCACAGUUCCACUUCCAAGGGGUGCAAAGAUACACUAUGAUCACAAGGUGGAUGUGUACAGCUUCGCCAUUAUUCUGUGGGAGUUGCUAACAAACAGAACUCCAUUCAAGGGGGUACAAAGCAUACUAAUAGCAUAUGCUGCAGCUAAUAAUGAAAGGCCCAGCGUGGAGAACAUUCCACAGGAUAUUGCCCCAUUCUUGCAGUCCUGUUGGGCAGAGGACCCAGCAAACCGACCAGAAUUCAUGCAAAUCACAAACUUUCUGGUGGACUUCCUCCAAAACUUGUGCUCAGCACAAAUUACACCAGCCCAGACUUUUGAGAUUGAGCAUCCCAGAAGCAAUGUGACUGCAGACUCUGCAGGCUCCAAUCAUCCAAUCAGCAAGGUUAGUGGGAAAAUGAAGGCCAGGAGUCCAUUGCCUUGUUUCCUCAGAUGCUUUGAUGACUGCCUUCCUGAUUGAGGGAAUCUUGAUUCAUUUCGUUGGGGCUCUGAGAACAGGUUUGGGUUCAAUGUAAAAUGGAGUGUCAAAGCAGAUGACAAUAUAUUUCUACCCCUGGAAAAGACGGUCUGGAUCGAACUUUUGUGUGAUUGUUAACUGUUGUACAGAAUUUCGGAUGAAAAUUUAAAAAUAAAAAUAAAGAGAAUAAGAGAA